GUAAAGGAGACUGUUGGAAACGGAACGUUGCCCGGUUUCAAUCUCCCCUUCUGGGACGAGGUUGCGUCGGCCAUCGCUGCAAGACCAGAAAUCGUUACUGGGUCCUACGAGGCCUACGUCUCCGUUGACACAUCCUUUUCGUCUCCUUUCUACGGUAGUUUGAGAAUGUUCCCAUCUGAUCUACGUCCCAAGAAGGGUGUCCGGACCGGAAAAGCCACCAUGCCCAAGAAGGGUGUCCGGACCGGAAAAGCCACCAUGAUCACCGGUGUGGACACUGGAAAGUUCAAUGCUAUGGUGGUCAACGCUUUGGUGAGAGAUUGGACUAAUUUCUGCCAAACAAACACAGCACCUAGUCUCGCCAGUAUUUAA